AUAAUUUUAAAUGACUCUUACACAAACUUAAUUUGGCAACCUUUAUUCAAUAAUUAAUGACCGUAGUUAAAAAAUCUAGUGUAAGUCAAUGUAGUCUGCCGAACUUCGUUUUAAAGUGUUUUUUUAUGUUCAGACAUCAAGAUAUUGAAUAAUAAAGCAAAUGAUUCUUUGCACCUCAAUCGAUCAUUGAACUUAGGAUUAACUUCUUAUUAUGCCGAAAAAACCUCAUAAAUCUCAUUGGGGGGGACAGGGUUGGUCAAAUAAUUCGGAAACAAAAUCAUAUUUUGGUCAUGAUGAUAGAACCAGUCAUUCUAGUGAUCGUUCGAAAUUUUCAAAUACCAAACCUAGAGUAUCAUUUAAAAAGCAAAAUUAUAAACAAGACCGAACCAAAAAAAAUUACAUGACUUUUCCUAGUGAUGGUGAUGAACCAAUGAUUAAUAGUUACAACAACAGUCUACGACCAAUGAGUCACAGAGGAAGAGGUAGAGGUUUUAACAAUCGUGGAAGAAAUAGUCCACUACCUCGUAGGGCUUGUUCAAGAGAUGAUAGAGCCAUUUUUCAUGCAAGUGAUUCUCAUUGGUACAAAGUAUUUAUACCACGAGGACAAAAGUACACAAAGGAAUUUGUAAUUGGUAAUUUGAACAGUUGCAUAGCACCAUUCACCUUUACACCUAUAAUGUAUAAAAUUGAUGGAAUUGAUGCCAGUUUUUUUGUUGAUGAUCAAAAAGCUGCAUUAAAAAUAGCUGACUGCAGCAAUAGAAUCACAACUAAUGAUGGUUUCAAAAUGUAUUUCAAAGUCAAACAAACAGGAAGCCCACCUUUAGAAAUUAAUGAUGCUCUCAAAGAUAGGUUAAAACAAGCCAUGAACAAAAGAUAUGUACAAGAAACAAACGCUUUGAACUUGUCUAAGUUCUAUCAUGAUCCUGAUUUAGCUGAAGACUAUUGGUGCCCUCUUUCAAAGCAGAACAUGUUAAUGACAAUCUUAGACAUUAUUCAAGAGCACAUACCUCAUUUGGAAGCAUUAAAUUUAGACUCCAAUAAGUUACAUAAUAUUGAAAAAUUGAGUUUACUUGCUAGUAAAUUUGUUAAACUAAAAAUUCUUUACAUUCGUGACAAUAAAAUAAAAGAAAUGAGUAACUUAAAUGCAUUAAAAAACUUGCACUUAGAAGAACUACGAUUAGAAGGUAAUCCUUUCUGUAUCAAAUACAAGAAUAGACAAGAUGAGUUCGUAAGUGGCAUAAGAAAAAUGUUUCCAAAACUUUUGAGACUGGAUGACAUGGAAUUACCACCCGCUAUUGUCUUUGAUUUAGAUGAUCAAAAGAAUAAAUUACCUUCGACUCACAGAAUGUUUAUUGUGCAAUCUAAUACGAAUGCCAAGGAGCUUGCUAGUAGAUUUCUUCAACAGUACUUUUUAGUUUUUGAUAGCAGCAAUCGUCAGUCAUUACUUGAAGCAUACCAUGAACAAGCUUGCUUUAGUUUAACAACUAAUAUUUCCCAAAAUCUGAACAAAUUCAAUCCGUAUUUACUUGAGACCCGCAAUCUGUUAAAAGUUUUGGAUACGCCUCGAAGACGGAAAUUAUUAAAGCAGGGACGACUGCCUGUAGUUUCCUUUAUAUCUGAAAUGCCGCGUACAAAACAUGAUUUGAACAGUUUUACAAUGGACUUAAGUGUUUUCUCUGAAAAAAUGAUGUUUGUGACUGUGACGGGCUUAUUUCAGGAGUAUCACAACAAUGACAAAUUAUUGCGAUACUUUAAUCGAACUUUCGUAAUAGUGCCAGAAGGGGCAGGAUUCUGCAUAAGCAAUGAACAAUUACACAUUAGUAACCCAACUGUUGAUCAAGAAAAGCAGUUCGAUACUUCUUUAUCUGUCCAAGGAGUUCCAGGACCAUCUUGCGCUGUACCUUUAUGUACCAUUAGUUCAAUAGAUUUGUCGGAAGAAGUAAAACAACAAAUGACUAUAACAUUAAGUCAACAGACUAAAAUGAACAUUGAGUGGAGUCUCAAAUGUUUAGAAGACGUACAGUGGAAUUUUGAAAGUGCCCAAUCAGCAUUUCAAAAAGCCUAUAGCUUAGGACAAAUACCCUCAAAUGCUUUUACGCAAUAAGCUAAUAUCUUAAUAAUUAAAUUUUUUUGCGAAAACUUGUACAUUGUAUUUUAUUUCAUCUGUCAAAUACUUUUUAACACUAUGAAAGAGUAUUGCAUCACGUUAUCUAUUCCAUAAAUGAUUCUAUUAUAUAUUUUCCACCCAUAAAAAAGUUUCUUAACAAACCUUGAGUACAUGUACAAGCAAAAAUUGUAUUUUGAUUUUAUUUAGAAUUGUUUAAGCAGUUGUAUUGUUGUGACCAUGAUAAUCUUGUCAAACUCAAAGCUUUUAUCUUGUUAAUCAUACAUUUUUUUAUCAUACUAUACAUACAGUAAUAAAGUAGUUGAUUUUAUAGUUUUACGAUAGUUUUAGUGUAUAAAAGUCUUUUUUUCGAGUAACUACUCUUUAAGGUUAUGUCUAGUACUAAAUUUAUUUUUAAUCCAUUACACACUUAUUUUAAUACAAAAAUACACAAGUUAUUCAUGUAUUGGUAUUCGUUUUACUUUCUUAUUUUUGGGUUGCCCAGUUCUCGUAUAAUUAUAAGCAGUGUACAAUUGUACGGUUUUUUAAAGCAUAAACUUGUGUACAUAAGUGAGUACUGCA